AUCAUUUCUCUACUUGACAGUUGAAAUUGACUGAAGGACUCUAGCCCUCCUGCCAGCUAAGGAAUAUAAAGUUACAAUGGCAACAGUACCUGAAAUGGCCUGUGAUGUGAUGGAUUUUUACAGAGACAAUGAUGACAGUCAAUUUUAUGAGGCUGAUGGUCCCAACCAAAAGAAGGGUCACCUCCAGUAUCCUGAUCUCUGCUCCAAAAAAUGUCUUCUGGAGGAGGAUGGCAUCCAGCUGAAAUUCACAGCCCAGUCCCAACGGUUCUAUCGAUCUGUUGUGGUAGUUGUUGCAAUUGAGAAGAUGAGGCAUCUGGUUGAACUCAGCUCUGGCCUCUUUCAGGAUAAUGACCUUAUGAAUAUUUUCACAAGCAUCUUUCAAGAAGAGCCCAUCACCAUCAAGAACUGUGACAUUUAUGAAGCUGACUUUAGAUUUGCAUCCUCUGGGGAUUACACCAUUCAGGACUUAGAUCAAAAAUGUUUGGCUUUGACCAACGCCAGUGAACUGAAAGCUCUCCAUCUUAGUGGGCCAAACAUAAGCCAACAAGUAAUUUUCAGCAUGAAGUGCUACCUUGGUGAGGUAGGCUCCCAGAAAACACAUGUUGUCUUAUGUAUCAAGAAAAAUAAUCUCUAUCUGUCUUGUGUGAAGCGUGAUGGGAAGCCCAUCCUGCAGCUAGAGCAAGUCGACAGUUUCCCAAAAGAAGAUAUUGACAAGCGAUUCGUCUUCAAUAAGACAGAAAUCAAUAAUAAGGUGGAAUUUGAGUCAGAGGAGUACCCCAACUGGUACAUCAGCACUUCCCAACUGGAUGCACAGGAGGUCUUCCUGGGGAACAUGAGAGGCGGCCAGGAGAUAACCAACUUCUUUUUGGAUGAUCUCUCUGAAAUGGAUUCUUAAGUCAGUGUGUAUUGUGUCCUUCAGGACUAGGGAAAGGUGGGGCGAAAAGGAAUUGGGGAGUUCAUAUGUUAUACAUAUGACUUAUAGUGAACUUAGACCUUAAUCUAUUCUUUAGAAAUUUGAAUUUCAAUGUAUGUAAAAUGCUGACUUUGCUCAGGGAGAGCCCCCACGACCCAUUUCCAUGUCGGACUGAGUAGAAUCUGGUGAAACCGUGCUGAUAAUUUGCCAGUCAGGCAGGGAGCAUUAAGAAGGGAAUUUGGAGAAAGAAAAGACGAGCAUGGAGUAGGAUAGGAGGACAAAAGAGGCAGAACUUUUCUCUGAUCAGUCAAGUUUAAUAAGGAUGCAAAGUAGGAAGCACUGUGGAAUCACUAACUCAAGGGUGUCCUGCAUUGCUGAUUCUAGAUAAGUCAGGCUAUGUUUGAGCCCUGUCAAUCUAGUAACUACUUGUUUGUCUGUUUGUUUAUUUAUUUAUUUAUUAUUCUGUCUGUUUGUGGAUGCCCCUGUCUAUUUAAUUCUCUAAUGGAAAGGCCAAGUGAUGAGCCGGUGUCAGUAAGAGAGGAAAGCUUUUGAUGUCUGUAAAACUGAAUUAAUUUAUAUUAUUAUAGCCUACUCAGAAGACCUAGAAAUAUAAGCAUGUGUUCCCAAAGGGUGAAUAUUUAUGAAAAGGGAAGCAUGGCUUGAUAAUUUCCACAAUAAACUUUGAUUAAAUAUGGA